AGUGUAUUUACAUUGCGAGCGUGUCUCCAGUGUUCUGAACUUURACCCUUUUACGUAGGAGAGACGCGCCUUGCCAUUGGCUCCUCGAAGUGGGUGAAGGGGCAAAGGGGCAGAGCUUCGUGGCAGCAAGGAAUUUGAUUAUGACUGCCAUAGCAAGAGAAACCUUGUGGACAACUGCUGUUUAAUUAAAACAUAUUCACACAACAUGUGUGCACGGCAAUUGAUGUUACUGUCAAAGCUAGUAUAGGUUGCUAUUCAAUCUCUGUCGAAAUGAUACGGACACUAAACAGCGCGUCAUUGGCUGCUUUAUUUGCAACCGUGCCAAAGUCCACGACCUGCAGAACAGCUAGAAUACACAGUACGUAUGAUGUGGCUGUGGUGGGUGGAGGCAUCGUGGGCCUGGCUUCAGCCAGAGAGCUCAUCCUCAGACACCCCACGCUUAGCUUCAUUCUGCUGGAGAAGGAGAAGGACCUGGCCAUCCACCAAAGCGGCCACAACAGUGGUGUGAUCCACAGUGGGAUUUACUAUACCCCUGGGUCUCUGAAGGCCCGUCUCUGUGGCAAAGGGGCCACUAUGGCCUACGAAUACCUGGACAAGAAAGGACUCCCCUAUAAGAGGUGUGGAAAGGGUAAGGAGGUUCCUGACCCUAAGUUCCCCUUCCUGGGGGUCCACUUCACCCCGCGGAUGGACGGCAGUGUUUGGCUGGGUCCCAACGCCGUCCUGGCCUUUAAACGAGAGGGAUACAAGCUGUACGACUUCGAUGCCCGGGACUUUGGAGAUGCACUCUCAUUCAGGUUUGUUGCCCGAGAGGGCAGUGAGGCCCCCACCUAUUGGAAAUAUGACGUAACAGUGUUGUGUGUUUUUGUCUGUUGCAGGGGUCCAUCAGGGGUGAGGGCCCAGGCUCUGGACCGCGAUGGGAACCUGGUAGAUGACUUUGUGUUUGACGUUGGUGUCGGGGAUGUGGGCAGCAGGGUCCUCCAUGUACGCAACGCUCCCUCACCCGCCGCCACCUCGUCCCUGGCCAUAGCAGAGAUGGUAGUAGACGAGGUGGACAGACGUUUCAGCCUCUAAAAAAAAAAAAACUCUAGAGGCCACUCGUCCGGAUUGCGUACCAAAUGGCAUCCUAUUCCCUACUUUUGAGUUCUGUGCACUACUUUUGACCAGAGCCCACGGGAAAUAGGGUGGCAUUUGGGACGUACCUAAACUUCCCCAGGAAGGAAGUAACAUCAUUGAUCCAUCUGAUCCAGCUACAGGUCAUCUAGUGAUAUAGUGAAGCGGUGAUGAUGCUAGAUGCUGAUCUCGGGUCAGUUCUGCAUUUUACCCAAUGGGUUAGUUUGGAGUGGGCGAGUGUUCAAGCUGAUCCUGGAUCUGCGCCAAAGGGGGAAACUUCACCAGGAAAUGAUCCAACCAAUUUGUUACUACUGCUCACUGGUCCAGCAUCUAUCUGCGUCAGCAGAGUAAGGUUCCAAAAUUCCCGGGUUUUCCAGAAAUCCAGAUUGGAGGAUUCCAGGAUGAUCUGCUUAGUCCCUCCUAAUUGUAGGAAUAUUCCAACAGGGAUUCCAGGAUUAUCUGCUAAGUCCCUCCUAAUUGUAGGAAUAUUCCAACAGGGAUUUCUGGAAACAUCGGGAGGUUUGUAAAAGUUACUGGAAUUUGCAACCCUACAGCAGAGUGGUCCGGCCAGAAUGGAGUACAGUGAGCAGCGUGUACUGAAUGGAGCAUGGAAAGUGCAUUUGGAAAAUAUUCAGACUCCUUGAUUUUUUUUACCACAUUUUGUUAGGUUACAGCCUUAUUUCCCUCAA